AUGAUGACAAUUAGACACCUAGCCUUUGCAAUGUUGGUGCUUGCUUCAACCAUCCUAGUUUUAGAAAAGGUUCCAGGCAUCUCAGCUCAGCUUGUAUGCAAAGGCAACUUAACUGCCAUAAUGACUCAAUGUACAAGUUUUGUUAAAAAAGAAGGGCCGAAAAUUCCACCAUCAAGCGCCUGUUGUGAGACCUUAAAAGAUGUUGAUAUCCCUUGCCUCUGCCAACAUAUUCCAGGGCCGAUUAUGAGUCAGAUUAGCAUGGAAAAAGCUCUUUAUGUUGGCAAGACUUGCGGAGCUGAAGUUCCUUCUGGAACCAAGUGUGGAAGUUAUAUCGUCCCUCCAUCACCUCCACAUUCACCUCCAGUGGCAUAA